UCCGAGCAAACGAAGUUAUACUGCACACACGUGCAUGUGGUGAAAUUUGUACAACCCAGUUGCGUUUUAAUGUACGUGUCUGCUUUGAUUCGGUGCAUGUGUCGAUUCUCUUUAUAUAACUAUUUGUCAACCUCUGUAUCUAUAGAAAGACGGGAAGCGGCUGGAUAGUUCCAAGGGCGGAAACGAAUAGGGAAGUUCGAGAUAGAGAGAGAGAAAACAGCAAGAGAGAGAGCUGGUCAGCCUCGUAUGAAUUCAGGGACUUAGACAGACAGCCAUACGGACAGGAUGGCCACUCCAAAGCCGGAUUAUCAGGGUGGUAAAGCUUACGGUGAACGUUUGGAAAUGUUAGGAAAGAAGCUGUCCAGUAUUAACGAGGAAUUUCUAAAUGACACUGGAUACUCGGAAGUAGAAGACUUAGAGGCAAACCUGGAACAGUACAAAGAGAAGUUCAUGGAGUUUGAUUUGGACCAGAAUUUGGAAAUUGAUAUCAUGUCAAUGAAGCGGAUGAUGGAGAAGUUGGGGAAGACCAAGACCCACCUGGAGAUCCAGAAGAUGAUUAAGGAGGUGGACACCACGGGGUCAGGGACCAUCAACUACCGGGAGUUCGUGCUGAUGAUGCUGGGCGGGAAAAGUACCAUCCUAAAACUGAUUUUGUUUUUUGAAAAUCUUGGACAUACGCCCGAAGCGAAGACAGGAAUUCCUCCCAAGAGAGCAUUGGAUAGUCUUCCUUAAUUCGGACGAGUAUACACGUGUAUAGGAUAAUUUCUCAUUCCAAUGACAAUACACAUCGAAAGUGAUCUAGUGGGGAUGCGAAUUCCCGUUUCCUCACACAUUUUACACGUUUCCUUGAUAUGGAUUUGUACGUGUAUAAUGCCACACGUAUAUAGUAUGUCGAUUUUAUCUGUAAUGAAACAACAAAAUCCAUUUGAUUAGGUAAUGAAAAAAAUAUUAGUAUUUAUCAGUAUAGUAUAUGGGCCAAAACUAUUUUAACUUUUUUAACAACUCUCAUCUUUAAAUCUAUAUAUUACGCAUAAAGCACUUCAAUUGUAAAAAAUGUGGAAUUAUCUAACUGCAGUUUGGUUAUAGUGCGAAUAUUGAACGAUAUUCUGUUAUUAUGGAUAUAUAUGUGUUGCAUGGAUGGAUCAGCAUAUGAAAUUAAAUUUGAUUUUUUGU